AUGGCGCCGAGGCCGGACCUGGACGUCGACACGGUGGAGGCGUGCGUCGCGUCCACGCGCGACGGUCCCUUACGCGUUCAGCCCAGCCUCAUACCCGGAGCGGGCCUCGGUUUAUUCACGGCGAAGGACGUGCUCGCGGGUACCGUCCUGACCGGAUGCUCGUACGGUGGCGACGUGCUCACCUUCACGCAAGCUCGCGCGUUGCCACCCGACGCGAAGGACUACGUCAUGGCGCUGCAUUUCAACGUCCACGUCGACGCGGCGAACCACCCGGGAUACCUCGCGAGGUACAUCAACGACAACUUGACCGACGGCGGGCGUCAUCGCAACGUCAGGUUCGUCAAGGAUCCCGCGCGGCGGAGCGCCACCGUGAUGGCCACGAGGGACCUCAGGGCGGGCGAGGAGCUGUACGCGGAGUACGGCGACGGAUACUGGCGACGCAGGGGCUCGACGGAAACGGGACGACGCGACGCAUAG